CCAGGGUUAUCUAUCCCGGAAAGGCCUGCUCACAAUGAAGCAUGGAAUGGCUUUGCAGGGAAACUUCAGGGGCUUUUCAGUAAGUUGGGGAGGGGAUAUGGCUCAGCAUAGCAUAGGUCUGCACACAGAUAUUUAUGCUAUGCUGAGGGGAUAUUGGAUUGAGGCCAAUAUGAAGCAUGUUCAGUUUCCAUUUGUUUAUUGUAUUUCUUAUUUAACACAUGAGAUGUUCCUCCUCAGCAUUCAGAGAACUAGGUAGAAGUUUUUGGGCUAGGUGGUGAAAUCAACAUGCAAAGGGAAAAAAUCUCAGCUGAACUAGAAUAUGAAUCACAUAAGUGCCAAGAACUUGAAUCAGAAAAUAAGAAAUUGAAGAAUGCAUUGAAUGAGCUGAGGAAAGCCCUGAUGGAAAAGAGCUCUCCAGACACUACUGCUCCUGGUGCCCCAGCGAACAGAGUCCUCUUAGAUCAGAUGACCUCUGUCAGUGAGGAGGUAGAGGUACGCAAGGAAGAAGUCCUCAUCCUGAGAUCUCAACUAAUGAGCCAGAAGGAGGCAAUUCAACCCAAGAACAUGAUGACUGACUCCUCAAUCCUUUUAGAGGAUGUACAGAAGAUGAAGGACAAAGGAGAAAUAGCCCAGGCAUGUAUUGGUUUAAAGGAGACAAACAGAUGUCUGGAAUCUCAGUUGCAGUCUCAGAAAAGGAGCCAUGUUUAAGAAUGAAAAAUUAUCUCGCGAGAA